AUGAGGCUCUUAUCUCUUGCAUCAAUCGCCGCAUCUGUGCUCCCUGCACUUGCACAAAUGGUCUCUAUAGCUUCACCUGCUCCAGGAGAGACUUUAACCCCUGGAUCAAAUGUUGUCGUCGAGCUAGACUCUGCUAACGGGCUCACGAACUUCGAGCAUAUUAGUGUUGCAUUGGGCAUUGCACCCGUCCCUAACGAUACAAGCACUCCGACUAUUGGAACGAUGCUCUUCGCUGGGAACUACACGCCUCAACUCCAUGAGGCAAACAAGCCCAUGUACCAGAACUUUUCUGUAACUAUUCCGGAUGGUCAAGUUGCAGGAAACAGUACUCUUAGUGUGGCUCAUUUCUACCUAGUCGGGGCUGGUUUGGAGCCAAUUCUUGAGAUGAAGAAUAUAAGCGUUAUGCUUUCAAAUUAG